AUGCAUAUGCAGAUGCAGACGCAGGGUGUGAUACUGGCGCUGCUCGCCGCGUCUGUAGCCCAGGCACAGACUUACAGUGGCUGUCAUACGCACGGCAACGUCGAAUACUGCUACGGCACUGACGGGAGUGAGACGCCUGUGAGUACGUAUGCGACGGCCACCUCAGCUCCGGCUACCACCACCGCAGCGGCGCAGGCGGCCGCUGUCACGGGGUGUCACAGUCACGGCGAUGAUGUCUACUGCAUUGACAGCGACGGACAUGAGGUGCAGGUGUCCUUGACGGCAACUCCCACGGGCGAGAUGCCAGCCCAGUACACGGAUUGCCACUCGCACGGCUCAGAGAGAUACUGUGUCGACCCCGACGGAAACGACGUGCAGAUCCUCGAAGAAGGCGAAUCUGGCCAGGGCUCCGACGAUACCAGCGAAGAGUCCAGCGGCGAACACGCCGGACAGAACUGCCACUUCCACGCGGGCGUUGAACACUGCGUAGGAGCCGGCGAGUCCGAAAGCGGCAGCUCGACCAAAUCCUGCGGCGUGCAGACCCGCGACUACGACAUCCCCCUGCGCAUCGGCACGCUGUUCGUGGUGCUGGUGACCAGCGCCAUCGGCGUCUUCCUGCCCAUGAUCGUCAUGAAGCUGCCCUUCCCGGCCUUCAACUCCAUCGGCUUCACCAUCAUCAAGCAGUUUGGCACGGGGAUUAUCAUAUCCACUGCCUUUGUCCAUCUCUACACCCACGCAAACCUCAUGUUCACCAAUGACUGCCUCGGCGAACUCGCCUACGAAGCCACCACCUCCGCCAUCGUCAUGGCCGGCAUCUUCCUCUCCUUCCUGACCGAGUACAUCGGCCACCGCGUGAUCCUCGCCCGCGGGCCCAAAGACCUCCCCACCACCACCACCCAUCCACCCGCCGUGCAAGACACCCCCAAAGACGGCGCCACCGCCGCCUCAGCCCUCGCCCACCUCGGCCACAACCACGGCUCCCCCUUCGACCCGACCAAGCCGAACACCAAGCUCUCCGUGCUGGUCAUGGAGGCCGGCGUGGUCUUCCACAGCAUCCUGAUCGGGCUGACGCUGGUCGUCGCGGGGGACUCGUUCUACCGCACGCUGCUGGUGGUGAUCGUGUUCCACCAGUUCUUUGAGGGGCUGGCGCUGGGUGCGCGCAUCGCGCUGCUGCCGGGGCGCAUCUUCCCGAGCAAGGCGGUCAUGGCGGGGAUUUUUGCGCUCAUCACGCCGGUGGGGAUGGCGAUUGGCAUGGGGGUGUUGAAUUCGUUUAAUGGGAAUGAGCGGGAUACGCUGAUUGCGCUGGGGACGCUGGAUGCGCUGUCUGCGGGCAUUCUGGCGUGGGUCGGGCUGGUGGAUAUGUGGGCGAGAGAUUGGGUGAUUGAGGGGGGCGAGCUGGUGGAUGCGUCGAUGGCGAGGGUGCUGACUGGAGGUGUGUCGUUGGUUGCUGGGAUGGUGCUGAUGGGGGUGUUGGGGAAGUGGGCUUAA